AUGACGAUCGUGAACGUGAUCAAUAACCGCCAGCGAAGCAGCGUCCCACAGCGGUAUGCCGUGAAAAAGGUGUUUGAGGGGUUCCUUGGCAAUGGAAAAAUCUGCUUUGGCAAUAUAAUGCAGAGACUACAAGAUCUGAACUCAGAACCUGGAGGCCUAACCCUAGCUGUCCAGUGCCAUCAGUCUUUUGAAGCAGUCAUGUCCUGGCCUCUGACGUCACGUGGACUGUUCACUGUUUUUGUACCAAGCAACAAAGCUUUCAAAUCAACAUCUGUGAAAACUCUGGUGGCAGAUGAGGCGAAGGCCCGAUACCUUGUCAAGUUGCACAGGGUCGCUGUGGAAAUGAACUCUGACACUCUGAAGAAUGGAAUACUCUAUUACACGCUGACAGGGAAAACUGCUGAAUCAGUAACUGAGUCUGAGCAGGUUAAAGUCCGUAUCCAUGGCAGCCGUAGGAAAGGCCUACUUCUGGAAUCCAAUAUUAUUCUUUCGAAUCGAGUGACCCACAUCACUGAUAAAAUGAUGGACACGGUCCCUCCUACUGUUAUAAGUGACAGUCAGGAAAACCUGAUGAAGAUUCUUUCUGACAAUGGAAAGUUCUCCCAAUUUAAGUCUCUUCUUGACAUAUCGGGACCAACAUGGUGGCUGUACACAGUGUUUGCUCCAACAAACACCGCCUUUUCUUUACUGAAGGACGGUUACCUAUACUACCUUGUGUCUGAUGAGGGCAAUUCAAAACUACUGGAACUGAUGAGAAACUAUAUUGUUUCCUCUGCUCAGCUGAGUGUUAGCUACAUCAUCUCAAGUGCGCAGACUGUGUCCAUGGCUAAUCAAGUUCUAGCGUUUAACAUCACCCUUGUUGGUCAAAUGUUUAUCAACGGGGUAGCAGUGGUUGAGACAGAUGUUGAGGCAAAGAAUGGACGUCUCUAUUCGCUAGAUGAGAUUCUAAUCCCGCCCACCAUAGAACCCGUCCUCCCUCAUCGGUGUGACAUUACUGAAAAUGUUAAAUAUAAGGGUCUGUGUGUGAGCUGUUCAUCAGUCACCAGGUCCACCUGUCCAACAGGUGUCUCAAUGAACAUGUUUUCCAGGGGCUGUGUGUACAUGAAAAAGUCUCUAGGCCUGAAUAUUCCUGUUCUGGGCUGCAGCCUGUAUUGCAGUGAGAACCGUACUACCCCACAAUGCUGUAAAGGCUUUUUUGGAUCAGACUUUUCCCCUUGGCCUGGUGGAUUCACUGCCCCCUGCUCCUCUCAUGGCAUGUGCUUCGAGGGUAUAGGUGGCAAUGGCACUUGUCAGUGUGAGCCCAACUUCAAAGGGUCCCAUUGCCAGUACUGUGCUCACCCCAACAAAUACGGCCCAUCCUGUGACCAAACCUUCUGGUGUGUGCAGGACAUGUGUGACAACCGCCAAGAAGCCCACGGCACGUGUAAGUCAGGCUCCUGCAAGCCAGGUUUCUCUGGGCAGCUCUGUGAUAAGCACACCCAGCCCUGCAGGCCCAAGCAGCCGUACCACGCCCAUGCUGACUGUGUCUACAGCGAAGGAGAGCUCAUGUGUGUGUGUAAGCUGGGUUUCAAAGGGAAUGGAUUCCUGUGUGUGGAGAGUGACCCGUGUACUUCACCUCCCAACGUAGGCUGCAGUAACAACGCUAGGUGUAUAAAAACUGGACCAGGCACCCGCAGGUGUGAGUGUCUGAAGGAGUGGAAAGAGGAUGGAGAUGAAUGCCAGCCUGUCAAUAACUGUGUCAAGCCCUCUAGAGGCGGGUGCCAUCCUAACGCAUCAUGCGUCCAUGUAGGCCCAGGCCAAAAUUACUGUAUGUGCAAGAAGAAUUACCAUGGAAAUGGGAAAGAUUGUGAGGCUAUCAAUCAGUGUAUAGAUCAAAUGAGAGGAUGUCAUCAGCAUACCACCAGAGUGGCUGGAGCUAAAAUUGUAUCAGCAGACAUUGUUGCCAAGAGUGGACUCAUUCACCUGAUCGACACAGUUCUCAUCUCUGAUCGUAAGCUGAGCGAAGGUUUACUUGAGGUGCUGAACCAGAGACCACAGUUCUCUCUCUUCAGGGACAUGCUUCUUAAAUUCAACUUGACUGAGGAAAUGGAGAGCGCCUCUGGUUUUACAUUGUUCGCACCUACGGACAGUGCUAUUACUGAAUAUCUGAAGAACACCGGUGAAAGCUCAUUGGACCUGAAUGUGACACGUUACCACAUUGUGCUGGGUGACACCCUGAGGCAGGCGGACCUGCAGGAUAGCCUGUACAAAGACACCAUGCUGGGUUUCUCCUAUCAGAUAGGCAUUUUCUGCAAAGACAGUAACUGGUGGGUGAAUAAGGCUCUGGUGACUGCUACGGACAUUUUGACUUCUAAGGGGAUCAUCCAUGAAGUGUCUGCUGUACUGAAGGUGCCCAGGAACCUCUGUGACACAGCGUCCACCAAGAUCAUCCAGGGGCAGUGCAUGGACUGCUUUCACCCAACCGAGAGCCGUUGUCCCCCUGGAACCCAACAAGUAUUCACGUCCAUAAAAAGGACCAAAUGUGCAUAUAGCAGGAGGAAACACGGGAUGUUCAUUGGCUGUGAGGCUUCCUGUCAAAAACAGACCAUCGUAAGGAAGUGUUGCGAGGGCUUUUAUGGUGUUAACUGUGAGAGCUGUCCAGGGUCAGAAGGCCAGCCCUGUUUUGGUAACGGUGUGUGUGUGGACGGUAUUAAUGGUACAGGAGCGUGUCGGUGCAACCCUGGCUUUAACGGCACAGCCUGCGAGUCCUGCCAGAUGGGAAAGUACGGCAUCCACUGUGACCAAGACUGUAAGUGUGUGAAUGGUCACUGUAAUGAUGGUCAGGAGGGGGAUGGCACCUGCGAAUGUGACGUUGGAUGGAGAGGAAUACUCUGCUCUAUAGCCAUAACCACAGACUCAUGUAAAGGGACGUGCCACACCAGUGCAAAUUGUCUACUGAACGUAGCAGAUAAUUCAUAUUACUGUAGAUGUGCAGCUGGUUACCAGGGCAACGGUACAUACUGUACAGCGGUGAACGCUUGCGCGAAGGAUAAUGGCGGAUGCUCCUCCAGCGCUUUGUGUAAGAUAACUAUCAGGAAGUUUGUGUGUAACCCAGGUUAUGCAGGGGAUGGAAAAGUGUGUGUGUCAAUCAAUCCAUGUCUGGACGGUAGUGGAAGGUGCAGUGUCUAUGCAGACUGUGUACACACAGGCCCAAACAAGACAGCAUGUGUGUGCAAAGCAGGCUACUCUGGAAAUGGACAGCAGUGUAAUCCUAUCAAUUUGUGUUACAAGAAAAAUGGAGGCUGCCACAAGCAAGCCAUCUGUAUGAUGACAGGGCCAGGGGAGAGGAACUGCACCUGUCGCAAGGACUACAUGGGAGAUGGGAUGACCUGCAAAAGUAACGUCAUGCAGGAGCUCCGAAACAGAGAGCUGACAAGUUUCUUCUACAGUGUGUUAUGGUCUGAUGCUUAUUUCCUACAAGGACAUGGUCCAUACACUGUGUUUGCUCCUAACAAUAAGGCACUUAAAAAGGCAGAAUACCAGAAGCCAGAGAAUAAAGAGAGCAACGCAGCGCUGGUCCUGUACCACAUCGUGUCAUGCCGUAUCCUGAUGCCGGAGGACCUGAUGAAGCCCCGUAACCUCACCACGCUCAGCGGGGAAACGCUCACCAUCUCCUACUUGGAGGGCUCGAUAUAUAUCAAUAACAAGGCCAAAGUGGUGUACAGCGAUCAGGAGAGCAACAACGGGAUUUUCCACGAGAUCGACACGGUUCUCAUCCCCCCCAGCUUCCAGAAGCUGAAUGGAAUGAAUAAGUCUGCCAGCCUCCCUGACCUCAAAGAUGUAGCAAAUGAACACGGCUUCAAGACAUUUUUCAAACUGUUGGAGGACACGGAGGUGAUAGAGCGGGUGCAGGACCGCCUCCAUCAGCCUGUCACGCUCUUCCUCCCCACCGACUCCACCAUGGCUGCCCUGCCUCAGGAGCAGAAGGACUUCCUGUUCGGCCUGCAGAACCGCGCCCAGCUGAAGGAGUACCUGGAGUACCAUGUCCUCCAUGAUAUGAAGAUGCAGUCUGCAGAAAUGAUUCAUUUCAGUUCAAUGAAGACCCUUCAGGGCUCUGACGUCUCUGUGAGCUGCGUAGGAGAGGAUCAAAUAGGUGAACUGUACAUCAGUGACAAAAGUUGUCGGAUUGUAAAGAGGAACCUAAAGUUCAAUGGAGGCUUGGUUUAUGGUAUUGACUGCUUGUUAACACCUCCCAGCCUUGUGGGGCGCUGUGAUCAGAAGGACACUGUAGACAUCACAAUGCCUUGCAGAUAUUGUGCUGUUACAGUGUCAUCUGCUUGCCCUUCAAUAAGUAAACCAAAGUCUAUACAGAGGUGCGACCUGCCCAGACGCUUCUCAUCUGUGAAUGCUGGAUGUCAGUGUGUGUGCACCAUGGUCAUAUGGAAGCCCAAGUGCUGCUCAGGUUACUACGGCAGGGAUUGUCUCGCCUGUCCUGGAGGGCCAAGAUCCCCCUGUAGUAACCAUGGACAGUGUGAUGAGGAUCACCUAGGCAACGGCACCUGCACAUGUUUUCCUGGGUACCAGGGAGUGGCCUGUGAAUUAUGCAUAGAUGGCCACUUUGGACCAGAGUGCAAAGCCUGUAACUGUUCUGAACACGGAUCAUGUGAUGAGAGUCCAGACGGUACAGGUUCCUGCUUCUGUGAUGAGGGCUGGACUGGUCCACAGUGUGAACACAAGCUGGCCGACAGCCCUGUGUGUGCUUGCCAUGCAAAGGCGGUGUGUGCCAAGAACAACUCCUGUGUUUGUAAACCAUUUUACGAGGGAGACGGGCUCACCUGCACAGUGGCUGACCUGUGCGGGUUCUGGAAUGGAGGCUGCUCGAAGAACGCCAACUGCUCCCAGAAGGACGAGAAGGUGAACUGCACCUGCUUGACGGGCUACUCUGGAGACGGCCAUGUCUGCUCGCCGGUGGACCCCUGUGUUACGGAUGAUAACGGAGGCUGUCACGAGCAUGCCAUCUGUACAAUGACUGGAGCAAAUAAGAAGAAGUGUGAGUGUAAGCCUAACUACAUUGGUGAUGGUCUGGAGUGUGAGCUGAAGGUGCUUCCAGUGAAUCGCUGCAUGCAGGAUAACGGCCAGUGUCACUCUGACGCUCAGUGCACUGACCUGCACUACCAGGAUAAGACCGUUGGGGUCUUCCACUACGGUUCUCCACUGGGAGUGUACAAACUCAACUACACACAGGCCCAGGAGGCCUGCAAGCAGGAGGGAGGCACUAUUGCUACAUACACACAACUGUCCUACGCUCAGCAGGCUGGGUACAGUCUGUGUUCUGCCGGAUGGCUCGAGCAGGAGCGCGUGGCCUAUCCCAUGAGCUAUUCCCACCUCAAAUGUGGCUUUGGUCACGUGGGCAUCGUGGACUACGGCAAACAAACUGACCUGAGCAGGACCUGGGACACGUUCUGCUACCGGCCAAAGGAUGUGAAAUGUGAGUGUAAGAUGGGCUACAUUGGUGAUGGAUACACUUGCACUGGAAACCUGCUACAGGUUCUCUCCUCCAAGCCCAACUUUUCCAACUUUCUGUCACAAAUCUUGAAUUGCUCCAGAACUUCAGCAUCAGGUCAAGAGUUUGUGAGGCGUCUCAGCAACAUAACCACCCAGUCCACCCUGUUUGUGCCUGAUAAUGACGGUCUCUAUGAGAACGAGACACUGUCCUACAGGGAUUUAGAGCACCACCUGCUGGAUGGGAGAGCUCUGGUGCUGCAAGCUCUCAUUAACGUCAGCCAUGUUCGAACACAUCUGGGACAUACACUCAGUGUGAAAGGGGUUCCUAGCCUGCAGAGCCCCCAGACACUGGCUUCCUCUGGAUAUGUCAAUGACCGUUACAUUAUCGAAUGUGACAUUUUUGCAUCCAAUGGGAUCAUCCAUGUGCUGCAUGGACCACUGAAAGCUCCACCCCCUCCGGCCCCUUCCCUCCACCCCGCCCACAAGGCAGGGAUGGGCAUCGGCGUUCUGUUACUCGUCGUCCUUAUCGUGGCUGGAGCAUUUGUGGCCUACCAUUUCUACACCCAGCAAUCCAAGCCUUUCCAGUUCCACUACUUCAAGGAAGAUGAGAAUGAAGACAGCAGCCCUUCUGGAUCAGCCCCGUACAUCUCCAACCCCACGUAUGAGUCCACACCUGCCCCCACUGACCCCCACCUCCCAGCAGAUGAGAAGGAUGACGAGCAGCAGAUGGUUGCCAGUGGCUCUUAUGAUCUUCUGCAGGAUAGCUGAAGAGAUGUGGGAUCUCACUCAGACACUCUCCGUACAGCUCAGAGCCUGAACUGCUGUAGAGCAGCAGGACACUCAAGUGCUGCAGUACCUUAGUAGACCAUAAGAGGGCCGAAGAAAAAAAGAACAAAGAUAGAACGGCAGUUUCAUAAAGUUGAACUGCAAUGAACUGGACAUUGACGACCCAGUAAAAUGGGAAGUACUUUUGUGAUUAUGUGUGUAAAACUGUUUACGUCUUUAUGUGCAUGUGUUCUGUGGUUGAAUGUUUACAUGUUUGUUGGCCUUUAUUAUUCCUUUGGUAUAACAAGUUUAUGUUCGUUACCACUACAUGCACAAAUAAACAAACAAACGCAUUUGUAUCAGUUGUGAUUCAUAAACUCUAAGGUAUAUUUCACUGAACAUAAAUUUCUAAUCAGCUGGAUAACUUGAGACAAAAGUCGAGGCUAUAAUGUGCCCCUAGCCCUUCUGCCACUGUCUUCUCAUGUGUGUAGCCUGGUCCAGGCUGCACACGGUCUGUGAUUUGGGAACAAGCCAGAAUGGUGCAAGUUUCAGAUACUCUGGACAGGGUUAUAACAGGGUUAUAAAUACAAGUCUUAUCUGAUAGAAAAAAGUGUGUAUUUAGUCUUUGAUGCAUUUUGAAAGAGCUGUAUUCAAAAUCCUUUUAGAAUACAAUAAUACUCUGUGCCAGUAUCACUUGUUCUCUUUCUCUCUUGGUUUACUUAAAAAAAACUGCCCAUUGAAGAAUAGAGCAUUUCUUAUGUGUUUUUAGUGAGGGCGAAUUUUUCUCUCUUUUUUCUGUCAGUAGAAUAAAAUAUCUGUU